AUGUUGCACCAGACCCUCCCAGACGGUAUCGGCCAUUGGCGCCGGCUUGGCCUUGUUGCCGUCGACCUCCCACUUCUGCUUCUAGUUGGAAACGGCUGUACCGGGGCUGCGGCUGGUGCUGGGGCUGCUGGUUCGGCUGGUGGUGGUGGAGGCGGUGCUGGCUGUGGUACAACGACCGGUUGUGAAACCGUUUGUUAUGUUCCCGAGGACUCCGAGAUGACGGACCCUGUAGCUGAGGCAGACGGAGCGAUAAAGGAGAUCCUGGAGAAGACAGUGGGUAAAACUUGGAAGGAUUGGGCUGCGAAGUUGGACGAUGCACUCUGGGCAUACAGCACAGCAUUCAAAACACCUCUAGGCACCACACCUUUCCACCUGCUCUAUGGAAAGCCCUGUCACCUUCCAGUGGAGAUCAAACACAAAGCAGCCUGGGCGAUAAAGCUGAUGAAUUUCGACAUCAAGUCUGCUGCAGAAAGGAGACUGAUACAGCUGAAUGAGUUGGACGAAAUCAGACACCAUGCCUAUGAGAAUUCGAAGCUGUACAAGGAGAGGACUAAGGCGUAUCACGAUUCGAAAAUCCUCUCCAGGCAAUUCGAACCGAAUGAUCAGGUACUCCUGUACAACUCUCGUUUGCAAUUGUUUCCUGAUAAACUUCGUUCUCGAUGGUCAGGUCCUUUCAUAGUCAAAGAGGUUCGCCCCUUUGGUGCCAUCGUCCUCCUCACACCAGAUGGUAGCAGGGAAUUCACAGUGAAUGGACAAAGGGUGAAACACUACUGGGCCAAAGCUGAGAUUCCACAUCGUUCCUCUGGAUGGUGA